CUUCACUCUGAGGUGGAGAAGCCACUGCUGACCUUCAGAGGAGACAACUUCAAGAAGGACCUGAAGAAGUUCGACCACCACAUCGCCGACCUCAGGAAGCAGCUGGCCAGCCGCUUCGCCAGCGUGGAAAAGGCCCGGAAAGCCCUGGCAGACCGGCAGAAGGACCUGGAGGUGAAGACGCAGCAGCUGGAGAUCAAACUCAGCAACAAGACAGAGGAGGACAUCAAGAAGGCUCGACGGAAAUCCACACAAGCAGGAGACGACCUGAUGCGCUGCGUGGAUCUCUACAACCAAACCCAGUCCAAGUGGUUUGAGGAGAUGGUGACAACCAGCAUGGAGCUGGAGAAGCUGGAGGUGGAGCGGGUCGAGUGGAUCCAGCAGCACCUGCGUCAGUACACCACUCUGAGGCAUGAAACAGACAUGUUCAACCAGAGCACGGUGGAGCCGGUGGACCAGCUGCUGCAGAGCGUGGAUCCAGCCAAAGACAGGGAGCUGUGGGUGAAGGAGAACAAAACCAGCGAGGUCCGGCCCGUGGACAUGGACAUAUAGCRCCGGUACCGCCCGGCAGGACCACGUGUGCACAGAACUCUCCAUGGACGGUGCAUGUUCAGACCUGUGAGGUGUUGCUCAUCCUCUCUGACCAGAACCACGAACAGGUCCAGAGAAACCAGAACCAGGAUCAAAGUACCAGCAUGCUCCUUCUAAAUUCUCCCUCAUCAUAACCAACGAGCUAAUGAAUGCCAUCCAACAUACUCUGCUGUUCACUGUUGUAAAUGAUAAAAAUAAUAAUGAUUCAGUGUUUUUCAAAUCCUUUAGUUCCGUUUUUCAUGUUUGAUCAAAUGAAACACAAACAGAAAACGAACACCUGAUUUAUUUUAGCUGUAGCUCUGAAGCACACCGAGACGUAACAGUAAUUAUACUGUAUUCUCAUUAUUUUCUUUUUGCUGGUUCGUUUUGGUGGAAAUGCAUGUUUUGAACGUGUUUUUGCUCUGAGCAGAAAGCUGCCCAGUCUGUGGAAACCCGAUGGUUGUUUCUGUGUAGUUGGUUGAAUUUGCACACGUUGAAAAUGUUAAUUAUUUCAUUCUCAAAGACUUUCUAUAUAAAAACAACAAAGUGUCCAGCGUUAAUGUCCGGUGACCUCAUGUUUUCAGAACACUCAGUGUUUUGGAAUCGAUAAUUYGCACCACCACUCCCAUCAGGUGGUGGAUCAGACUUAGGCCAGGGUCCGUUUGGGAUCAGUCUGGAGAAAAAAACAAAAAAAGGUGGUCCAAGUUUCACUGAAACACCUUUUAGUGCCUAACGGUUUAUAUAUCUGGAAUGUCCUUGAUAUAUUCUCUGCAUCCGUGUACAUUUGUACAUACUGGCUUAAAUGUGUUUUGACUCCACAACGUUGUUCCUUUUCUUUUCUGUAAACAUGCAGGAAAUAUUUCACGGUGGAGUUCAGUAAAACAAAAAGGGUCGACAUGCAGAAGAAAGAAAGUUUUAUGAAAAUAUGAGUUGAGAAAAAAAAUCCUGGAUUUUCUGUUUUAGAGUUUGUUGAAGCAAAAACCAGCUCCAAAGUACAAAAGCCUGCAUGUACAGUGUGUGUUUACAUGUGUGUGUGUGUCUUUACAUUUCUCUGUGGUCCGUUUGUUCUGGGUUUAUUGGUUUUUUAAAGGACAAACCCAUUUGCCUGCAGACGUUUGUGCAUCGGUCUUCUAGAAACACAAGAUGCUGAUUUGUUUUGUGCUUCAGGAAGAAUCUGAAGCUAGAGUCUUUGUUGUUCCAUCGAUGUGUGUCGUGUCGUGUCCCGUUCUCUUCCUGAUGACGUAAUGUUUGAGUUUACUGCCCCGGUGUGAUGAACGUUUACCUCCAAUCCAACGUUUUAGGAACGUUUGAUCAUACGUGACCUCUGUCCAGAUUGUGAACUGAGCAAUGCAGUGUACAAAAUAAAUCUCCUCUUUGAAAAUUAAA